GGGAAAGGCUGCCCCAGUCGCAGGCUUCGCAUCUCCGGUCCAGCUCAGCCGGGGGUGAGUCCCACGCCAGUGCAAACUUCCCGUGACUAAUCGAUGCUGGGCUAGAUUAUGAGCUCAAACAAGAGCGCUCGCUACAAUCGUUUCUCCAGCGGCGCAACAAGCAUCACUACUUCCGAGAACACUAACGGGACGAGAAUGGAAACCACUUUUGGACCUGCCUAUUCUGCUGUCACGACCAUCACAAAAGCGGAUGGAGCCAACACCUUCAAGCAGCACCGCCGGACACCAUCGUCGUCCAGCACCCUCACCUAUUCGCCCCGGGAUGAGGACGAUGGCAUGCCUCCGAUUGGCACCUCCCGGCAGUCUGACUCGGCGAUCUCUGUUCGCUCGCUGCACUCCGAGUCCAACAUGUCCUUGCGCUCGACGUUCUCGCUGCACGAGGAAGAGGAGGAGCCAGAGCCCUUGGUGUUUGCUGAGCAGCCGUCGGUGAAGCUUUGCUGCCAGCUGUGCUGCAGUGUAUUCAAAGACCCAGUCAUCACGACGUGUGGGCACACGUUUUGCAGAAGAUGUGCCUUAACAUCUGAGAAGUGCCCUGUGGACAAUGCCAAACUGACGGUGGUCGUGAACAACAUUGCUGUGGCCGAGCAGAUCGGGGAGCUGUUCAUCCACUGCAAAUAUGGCUGCCGGCCCGCUGCCAGCAGCAAGCCCGCCGCCUUCGAGGUGGACCCCCGCGGAUGCCCGUUUACAAUUAAACUGAGUGCCAGGAAAGAUCACGAAAGCAGCUGUGACUACAGGCCAGUGCGAUGCCCCAAUAACCCCAGCUGCCCGCCUCUCCUGAAAAUGAACCUGGAGGCACAUCUCAAGGAGUGCGAGCACAUCAAGUGUCCUCACUCCAAAUAUGGGUGCACAUUCAUUGGGAACCAAGACACGUACGAGACGCACCUGGAGAUGUGCAAGUUUGAGGGCCUGAAGGAGUUCCUGCAGCAGACAGAUGACCGCUUCCACGAGAUGCAGGUGGCUAUGGCGCAAAAGGACCAAGAGAUCGCCUUCUUGCGCUCCAUGCUGGGCAAGCUCUCAGAGAAGAUCGACCAGCUGGAGAAAAACCUCGAGCUGAAGUUUGAUGUGCUGGAUGAGAACCAGAGCAAGCUGAGCGAGGACCUGAUGGAGUUCCGCAGGGAUGCCUCCAUGCUAAAUGACGAGCUCUCACACAUCAACGCUCGGCUCAACAUGGGGAUCCUGGGCUCCUACGAUCCUCAGCAGAUCUUCAAGUGCAAGGGCACUUUUGUGGGACACCAGGGCCCCGUGUGGUGUCUGUGCGUUUACUCCAUUGGAGACUUGCUUUUCAGUGGCUCUUCGGACAAAACCAUUAAGGUGUGGGAUACCUGUACCACGUACAAGUGCCAAAAGACCUUGGAGGGUCACGAUGGAAUUGUACUAGCUCUCUGCAUUCAGGGAAACAGGUUGUACAGCGGCUCGGCGGACUGCACCAUCAUUGUCUGGGAUAUCCAAACCCUGCAGAAGGUGAACACCAUCCGAGCCCACGACAAUCCCGUCUGCACGCUGGUCUCCUCACACAACAUGCUGUUCAGCGGCUCCCUCAAAGCCAUCAAGGUCUGGGACAUUGUCGGCACUGAGCUGAAGCUGAAGAAGGAGCUGACGGGUCUGAACCACUGGGUACGAGCGCUCGUGGCCUCGCAGAACUAUCUCUACAGUGGGUCAUACCAGACAAUCAAGAUCUGGGACAUCCGGAACCUGGAGUGCGUCCACGUGCUACAGACAUCGGGGGGCAGCGUCUACUCCAUCGCUGUGACAAACCACCACAUUGUGUGUGGCACCUACGAGAACCUCAUCCACGUCUGGGAUAUCGAGUCCAAGGAGCAGGUGCGGACGCUGACUGGGCAUGUGGGUACAGUGUAUGCCCUGGCCGUCAUCUCCACACCCGACCAGACCAAAGUCUUCAGCGCCUCCUAUGACCGGUCUCUCAGGGUGUGGAGCAUGGACAACAUGAUCUGCACGCAGACGCUGCUGCGCCACCAGGGCAGCGUGACGGCCCUCGCCGUCUCCCGGGGCCGCCUCUUCUCCGGGGCCGUGGACAGCACGGUUAAGGUCUGGACGUGCUAACAGAAGCAGCUGUGUUAGUCCUGCACACUGAACGACCAAAAACCC